CAAAAAUCAAGCCACUCUUUGCCUUUUCAAAACGGAAAUAUGCAAAUCCCUUGGAUAGUCAAAUAUCAAUAUGCAGCAACACUCUUCUUUGUUACCGUUGCUCUUACCAAAGUUACCUGUUUUCAGUUCAACUUCCCUUCCUUCCCAGAUGACUCUAAUCUACUGCUGCUCGGGAGAUCAAGAAUAUUCUUAGAUGCCAUCCAAGUAACCCUUGAUAAUCGUAAUUCUAUAGAGAAUUAUUCUGGACGUGCUCUCUACAGUAAGCCAUACCAACUUUGGAAACAGAAGAAUAACCAAAAUCAAAUAGCUUCCUUCAACACCACUUUUGUGCUCAGAAUCACUCCGGAAACUUCUCCUGGUGGUGAAGGCUUGGCCUUUAUCUUAACUUCAGAUAGGACUGUCCCAGAAAACAGUGAUGGACAAUGGCUUGGUAUUGUAAAUGCUACUUCCAAUGGAACUUCACAGCCUGGUAUUCUAGCCGUGGAGUUUGACACAAGACACAGUUUCACAGAAGAUGGCCCUGACAAUCACGUUGGCAUCAACAUAAACAGCAUCAACUCCAUCCAACAGGUUUCGUUAAUGAACAAUCGGCUCAAUCUAUCUUCAGGUCAAGAUGUCAAAUUUCACAUUCAGUACAUCAAUGACACAAUAUCAGUUUUUGGUGCCAUGAGUGGAACUUCUGAAGAAUCCAUGGAGACCCUCUUGGUAUCUCCACCUCUUAAUUUGUCUUCCUUUCUUCAAAAGGAGGUUUACAUUGGCUUCUCGGCCUCAACAAGUAACUACACGGAGCGGAACUGUGUCAGAUCGUGGGAUUUCAGCGGGGAUGAUAUUAGGGAUGAUGACAAAAGUCUCUUGUGGGUGGUUUAUGUUG